AUGAAGCCGGGAACUAAAAGAAGCGCCACAGCCAGACGGCGGAUCAACGACGACGACGGUGCUUAUUCUCCGUUCAAUAUGAGCAGUCUGAAGCAUGAGAUCGACGCCGUAGAUGCUGCCAAGGAGAGAAGAAUCAAUCUAUCGUCGUUGGCUGUGGCGUUAUCCGCUGCGAGUCGUGAGAUGAAGCAAACAGAGAAAUCUCAGCGUAAGCGAGUAAAGGAUAGCAGGAGGAGGAAGAAGCAGCUGCUGAUCGGAGCAAAGCCGGAAACACAAGCAGAAUUGCGGAGAUGGUUCUCAGACUUGGACGAAUCAUUCAGACGAUCAUUGAUGGAGAACAAGUGCAAUGUCGCUGCUUAUAAAGUAACGCCUAAAACCUUGAUGGAACCGCAGAUUUGCGGAUUCAACACUGAUUUCACUAUGAAUCAUUGCUCCGAAGCUUUUUUUUAA